GCCGUCGUGCGUCGCUUGAGCUGUUGGAGUCUCGCGUCACGGAGCCGACUGUAACCCACAGCUGAUGUGGCGGAGCAAUGGUCCGCUCGGGGUUUUCACUUGGAAGCUGAGCUCUCGGUCUGCAGGAUGUACGGGUCCUUUCGGGUGCUGUUGCAGGUGCUAUCGGCCCAGCUGCUCUGCGUGUGGGUCCUGGGCUCCGAGCUCACGUUUGAGUUACCAGACAACGCCAAGCAGUGUUUCUACGAAGACAUCACCAUCGGCACCAAGUGCACUCUCGAGUUUCAGGUCGUGACCGGUGGCCAUUAUGAUGUGGACUGUCGUUUGGAGGACCCAGAAGGCACGACACUCUACAAGGAGAUGAAGAAGCAAUAUGACAGCUUCACCUUCACAGCAGCCAAGAACGGCACCUACAAGUUCUGCUUCAGUAACGAAUUCUCCACCUUCACACACAAGACCGUGUACUUUGACUUCCAGGUUGGGGAUGACCCUCCACUCUUCCCAAAUGAGAACAGAGUCACUGCUCUCACUCAGAUGGAAUCAGCUUGUGUGUCGAUCCAUGAGGCCCUGAAGUCAAUCAUCGACUACCAGACUCACUUUCGCCUUCGUGAGGCACAGGGACGCAGUCGGGCGGAGGACCUAAACACCCGCGUUGCAUUCUGGUCCAUCGGCGAGGCCAUUAUACUUCUGGUGGUCAGCAUCAGUCAGGUGGUCUUGCUGAGAAGCUUCUUCUCUGACAGGAAGACCACCACAACACGCGUGGGAUCGUAACAGUCUCUGAGCCCCAGGAUCCGAUUCACCACUUUCUCUAUCCGUACCUGCUCCAGUGCGUAGAGUCGGUUAGAACAUCAGUGCUGAUCUGAAAUCGGAGCAUAUCAAACUGCCAGUUCGUACAAUCUGACACGUCAUUCAUAUUCAGCACUGAUUUUCUGACAGACUUUAUUCAAAUUGGUCUUGAGUUUAAAGGUUAUGUAUGUUUCAAGAGAACCUGAAGGGCUUUCUUUUGUUGCUUUUAACUAUCUGUAUUGGAGGCAGUUCACGGUCAUGUAGUUGAAGCAGACCGUAAAUACUUAAAAUAUUUGGAAUCCUUUGGCCAUUUUUUUUUCUCCCCCGUCAUCUCAAAUACUCUUUCCCUGAUCUCUUAAAUUUCCGCCCAAAGUGUGCACUGAAAUAACCAAUAUUGGAAUUUGUGACUAAAUGUACUCGAAAUGAAAAGUUUAUGGUUUUGUUUAUUUCUUUACAUGUAGAGCAUUGGGUCUUUAAAACCUCACUGGCAAGGCAGAGCUGUAGCCACAAAGGUUACAUUUGGGUUAUUUUCUCCAUUAAACCUUGCUGUAUUAAGUGAGAGAGUAGAUGUGUUUUUAUCUAUGACAUUUUAGAUGAGUUAUUAGAGUGUGCUGUAUGUAGAGUAAGCCAUCCUCAUAUCUGAUAUCGGCUUGAAACUGCAUUUGGAUUGAAGGCAUGCUUUUUUUCCCCUUUGCUCAAGUUUGACGACACCGUUGUGAAUUAUCUCUUUACAAUGUUUAAAUCAUCUGUUACUUGAUGUGGAAAGCAAAAAAAAACCUGUUCAAAGUGGAACAACUUAUUUAUCUCGUGGGCUGAUAUGGCUCUUUUGGUUUUAUACAGCACUGUUGUAAAAUUCAUGUUUUUCGUGUGUCUGCCGUUAUGGCCUUACUUAAAGCUGUUACUCCAGCCAGGAAUCACGUACAUGUCAGUGGGUCAUUCUUUCUAUAUCACUGUUAACUGAUUCGCAAAUAACAUCUCACAGCAAGUGUUGCUCUUAGCCACAGGCAUGAAAGAUGAAAUACCUGAAUAUAACAGUCCUUUUGAAGUUCUGUUUAAUUUCUACAUUAUACAACCUCAAUGAAUGUGAUUUAGAGCAGACCACCUUUUACACGGGGCCGACUUGAGAAAACCCCAAACUAUGCUUUCACAGUUCAUAAUUAGAAUUUAAUCAGCUUUAUUUGCCAUGUGUGUGUGCACAUACAUGGAAUUGGACUCUGGUUAGUUUGGGUAUUGUUUAACUCUCAACUGAUUCUAGAGGCAUUGGAAAAUAAGCAAUAUGUUAUAGUAUUCUUUCUGGUUUGGCUUUGCCUACUUUUGUUUGCUUUUCCCUUCACCAUAAUGUUUGACAAAUUUAGUAGCAGGUGCAGGGUUUUCUUUUCAGUUUUACCUUUAUGCACAAACAGGUCCUUUUUGGGGUGGAGCUGCAAUGAUUUAUCAAUUAAUUCUCAACUAUUACAUGAAUUGCCAACAAGGAAUAAUUGUUUAAUCUUUUUCCAAAAACUGAUUGUGGUUUCAAUAAUAUUUUCUUGUUUCUUUACUCCUGUGACAGUAAAUUAAAUAUAUUUGAUUGAAUCAUCA